AUGUUAGCUAAUCUUUUGAUUAUUCUUUAUUUAUUCCAACAUCAUGCCGUUGCAUCGAAUAUAUUUUCUCAACAAGAAUAUGGCAUACGAUUUAAACAAGCAAUUACAGAUGCUAUUAAAAAAAUUGAUAAUAUUGCAAUGAGUUGUCCGUUGGGAAGUUUUUUUUAUAAUGGUUCUUGUUAUUUUUAUUUACCACCAAAACAAAUGAUUAAUAUGAAAGGAAUUCGAUUUGAUGAUGUAUCUGCUAGUGAAGCUGCUUCUCAUUGUCGUUUGUUACAUUCUCAAUUAUGGGAUAUUGAAACAAUCGAUGAAUUUGCUUUUGUACUCGAUCAAAUUUAUACUCAAACUCAAUCAUUUGAUAGUCCUCGAAUUGCUAUUAAUUUUACUCAAGGCAGAAAUUUAUUAAAAUUACGAAAAAAAUAUUCUGGAGAACAAUAUGUAUUCAUAAGUAAUACUAAUGAAUAUUCAUUAAUUUAUAAACCAUUAUAUGAUUUACCAUCAAAAGAUCUUUCGUUAAUUAUUGAUAUAAGUAAAGCAACAAAACGUAUUUAUUUAGAAGAAAAAUUUCGUUUAGAACGACGUAGUGAUCAUUAUAUAUGUAAAAUGAAAAUUAACAGUUGUUAUAAUAAUACACAUUGCGGUCAACAUGGACAAUGUCAAAAUUUAGUUGUUAAAUAUAAAUGUAUUUGUAAUUUUAUGUAUACUGGGGAGCACUGUCAGACAUUGAGUAGUCGUGGUAUUCAAUCGAUUAUUGGCGUUAUUUUUAUUUGUUUGGCAAGUUUAUUAUUUAUAUAUCUUUCAAUUUCUCAUUUAUUAUGUCGACGAAAAACUAAAAUAAAAACAUCAAUGAAGACAAGCAAUUCUCCUUGUCUUUCACGAGAAGAUUUCUAUUCAAUACCAAAUUUAUCUUCUGAUCAAUUACUUAAACAAAAUGAUUUAACAAUAUCAUCUCCUCAUAUAAUUGUUGAUCUUCGUCGUUCAUCAAUUCAAUCUUCAUCAUCCUCAACAGUUAUUUUUUUUCGUCAUAAUUAUUUUUUUUAUCUUUGGCGUUUAUUAAUCGGUUUAACAACAAUUUUAUUUGCAACAUUUUGUUGUUAUACAAUUUAUGAAUUUAAAAUCGAAAAUUUAAAAACAAAAAAUUUAACAACUGAUCAAAUAACAACAUCGAAAAUAUGUAAAUUAUUUCAAAUUAAUUUUAAUUUAUAUUAUAAAGUUCCUGUUAAUUAUAUUUCAUUAAUUAUUCUAUUUCUUUUAAUAAUAAUAUUAAUUUUAUUUGAAAAUAUAACAAAACAAAAAUUUAAAUCAUGUUGUUAUCAUUUUACAAUUCCAAUGAUAUUUAAUUCUCAUUCACAUAUAUAUCGAUUUGAAUCUGCAGCUGUUUUUGGUAUAAUAUCAUUAGAAAUUCUACAUAUAUUUGAUGAAUUUAUUAUUAAUGGAACGAAACAUUUUCAAAAUGGACCAUUAAUUGAUUUAAUUUUACAAUUUGGUAUUGGUUUAAUGUUAGGUUUAAGAUAUUUUCCAAUAUUAUCAAUAUUUGAACAGGAAAAUAAUUAUGAAAAUCGUUUAGCAAAUAUAAUUUGUUAUGCAUUAGCAACAGUUUAUUUAUAUUGUGAAAUUAUAUUUAAAUUACAAUCAGAUAUUAAUUGUCAAAUCGAUAAAAAUAAAGUAUCAAUGAUUAAAGAAAUAUAUGAAAAAUUUAAUAAAAUGGGAGUUGAUAUUAAACAAUAUUUAAUGCUACAAUUAGAUACUAAUCAAACACAUCAAUUAAAUGAAACUUAUCAAAAUACUCAAUUAUGGUUUAAUGAACAGAUUGAAAAACAUUUAAGUAAUUCAACCUAUGAUGAUAAAAAUGAAAUUGAAAAUGAUAUAACACGUUUAAAUUAUUCAUUAGAAUUAAAUAAACAGAGUAUAUUUUAUAAUACAUUAAGAUAUGCCCCUUAUUAUUAUUUUAUUUCAUUUCUGGCUAUUCGUUUAACGCUUAUGUUUUUAAAUACAUUUCGUAAUACCAUAAAUAAAAACUCCGAUUCAUAUCAAUCAUCACCACGUUGGAAAUAUGUUAAAUAUAAUUUAUUAAAAACCCCAGAAAUUUAUUGUAAAAUUAAUUCAAAUGAAUAUUCACGUUUAUUUCGUUUUUUUAAUUCAAUUAUACUCUUUUUUAAACAAAAUAUCUAUUCAAUACGUCCAUAUUUUCGUUAUUCAAAAUUAAUUAUAUGUAUAUAUACAAGUGCAAUUACACUUAUCUAUUAUUUUACAUUUUGGAUACAAGAUCAUACAUAUAUCUUAACAAAAAAAUUAUUAUUAUUUCUUAAUUUAAUUCUAUGUGCUCUAGCUGAUUUAUCAAAAGAUUUAUGUUAUAAUUUAAAUUUUAAUCAUAUUAAUCGUGAUAUUAAAUAUAUUUGUUUAUUAACAGCAUUUAUAACAUGUGUACAAUUAUUUCUUGGUUUAAAACAUUAUCAAAUACAAAUGUGUAAUGCUUAUCGUGGGAUAUUUAAUGAUAUUCCAACAGCGAAACAUAUUUCAGCAAUUACAAUUGUUAGUAAAUCAAUGCAUUAUCCAGGACGUUUUAUGGGUUCAUUAGUUUACAGUUAUGGUUUUCUAUUUUUAUUUGUUUCAAUAAUUUAUAUUUUAUCUCGUUAUGUUCUUUAUUCAAUAAUUAUUCUUGAAUUUGUUGCUAAACUUUUCUUACCAAUGAUAGUAUUUUUAUUAUUUCAAUUAUUAUUCGUACGUCUUUUAUGUAAAUUAUUAUUUGUAGAAAAAACUCAUUUUCUUGCAUUACGUAAUCUUCGUCUUUAUUAUACAUUUUCAUAUUUUAGUUUUUUCUUUGAUUGUUUUUUGGGUUUUUUAAUGUGUUUAACACGUAUAACAAAAGCAUUUGUAUGUUCAGUAGUUUUUUUUGCACGAUUGGAUUAUUCACCGUAUGGACGAGGUUUAGAAAUGUAUGAUUCAUCUUAUGCGUCAUAUGUAAGUUAUUUUCAUAUUGAAAAAAAUCAACGACAUCCUGUUUUAAAUGUUUUUAUCGAUAUUAUUCGACAACGUCUUAUUGAAAUAAGAAAAUUAAAAUAUAAAUUAUCUGUUGGAACGAUUUGUCAAACAUAUGAACAAGAUAGAUUAUCUCAAAAACAACGUUUUCGUUGGGCAUUAGCAUAUACAUUAAUUAAAAAUGAACAAUUGAAACGUUAUAGAAAACAUCGAUUGGAUUCAAAUAAAACAAUACAAUCAAAAACAUUAGGAAAAAUAUUCGAUAAAAUUGGUUUAACACAAACAUUAACAAGAAAAUAUUAG